AUAAUUAUGUUUCUGUUAAACCCAAUAGCUGUUACUGGAGCAUUUGGAGUGCCUUGUGUCCCGACAUGAAAGGUCACUGAGAAUGACGGUGGUGAAACGGCAAGCCCAGUCCCCCUCGGGAGUUUCCAGCGAAGUUGAGGUUCUCAAGGCGCUGAAAUCUUUGUUUGAGCACCACAAGGCCUUGGAUGAAAAGGUAAGGGAGCGACUGAGGGUUUCUUUAGAAAGAGUCUCUGCACUGGAAGAAGAACUAGCUGCUGCUAAUCAGGAGAUUGUUGCCUUGCGUGAACAAAAUGUUCAUAUACAAAGAAAAAUGGCAUCAAGUGAGGGAUCUACAGAGUCAGAACAUCUUGAAGGGAUGGAACCUGGCCAGAAAGUUCAUGAAAAGGUAUGA